ACUGCCGGCGCUCCAUUGCCGCCUUCAGACGUCAGUCUGAUGUGGUGCCGUCGCGGUGUCCGCCAAAAACCAUAAUUCCGUUCAGGAAAUCUUUGCCUUCCUGCUAAACGCGCACAAACUGUAAGCACAAGUCAUCAAAACACUCAGAUGUACUAGCUAAGCAGGAUGCGGCCAGACACGCGAAACACUGGCACAGUCGCCGAACUAAAAAUGAAGUUCGCCGGCAACCAAAAUGUCAAAAACGUCAUUGGGGUUGCGGGUAUGGCGACCAGGACACCGUCGACGGUCACCAAGGUGGUUUGCAGAGUUAGGUCGCAUAUUGGUGGCUCCAGCAGAACUUAUGGUACCACUAAGAAGGACAUGAUCAAGGAGUCUGUCGGGGAACUAUCUUCUUCGAGUAAAAACUCAAGUCGAGUCAAAGACCUGAUAAAAAAACUCAACGAAGGUUCCCAAGAGUUGUCGAAAUGCAACGGUCAAACCGGUAACACCAAGGUCGCGAACGCGUUAACGAAUUCAUCUAAAAAAACAGCAACUCAAGAUGUUUUGGACGUUCGGAAAAAGUCCACUGACGCGGCCAACCGCAUAGGAGGAAUCAUAGUGGAUUUGGACGUCACAGAUAAGGAGAAUAAAUUACCCCAGAUUGUCGACUUGGAAACAAUGUAUUCGUUGUUGGCCGAGAAACAUUCGGAGCUGUUGUGCGCUUACAAUGGCAUGCAAGUGCAACAGCUCAAAGAUUCGACACUACGCAAAGACAAACGAGAAAUCCAACGUUUGACGAAAACCAACAAUGACCUCUUGUCCGAAAUCAAUAAACUUCAGACACAACUCAAAGAAUCCGUCGAGCACAACGAAUUGCUGGAAUUUAGACUUCUCGAACUGGAAGACACUGAGACCACAAACAAGCUAAAAAGCCAAAACCGCGAAACUGUCGAAGACAUGAGCGACUCCGGCGUCAUGUCAUUGACUACGAGCGAUGAUUAUUGCAGCGAAGGCGAUCAACAAGAAUACGAUCUGGACAUCCGACGAUGCGACAACAUCAAACAGCGGCUGAUGGAAAUGUGCAACAGCGUGUGUUACUGCGUGGAAGACCGGUCGACCAUCCAACAAGUGCUGGGCCUGAUCCGACAUUUCGAGUGCCGACUAACCGAGGCCAACCACAACGACCGGCACAAACCACCGGUGUACGCGGACUGUCUUCAGGAGAGCGGUAUUUUCGAGGAAGACGUCUUGUAUCCGGAAGCCACGCAAACCGAACUACCUGCAGACAAAGCCGCCAACGAAGUACUACUAUCAACCGACCUGACGGAAGAGCUCAGGAAGCUGUCGAGGAUCCGCGAGAAAAUCGAAGAACGCAAAGUGCCGUUAGUCGACGACCGCGCGGCAAAGGAGUUGUCGUUCUACAAGGACCGCUGGCAAGUGUUGGAGAAGAAGGUAGAAGCCUACGAAAGCGACGGCGACCGGAAGAUAAGGCUUUUGGCCACGUCUAUUGAUAGAGAAUCGAGACUGUCCAACGAAUUGAAAAACGCUUACACCACGGUGGACAAACUGAAAGAACAGAAUCGGCUGUUGGAAGAGGAAAAGUGCGAAUUCGAAGAAGCCGAAAACGAUACCCGACUCAGGUGCCAAAAGUUGGAAAGUAAGUUCUUGACGCUUGCGGAGAAGAAGAACUCGCUACAAGCUGAAUUGGUGGAGAAAUCCAAAGAAACGGAAAAACUGCGGCAAGAGUUGGCCGAGGUAGACGCGAAAAAAUACGAAGCCCGCAAACACGCCGCCACGAUGGAAGCGCUGGUCAACAAAUACGAGCAGCGCAAUUUCGAACUAGAAGAAUCCCAAAUGGAAACCAAGUGUAAACUGCAGUUGCUGGAAAACGCGUGGCCCGCCAUAGUGUUGUGGAACAUUUGGCGGGUGGUGUGCAAGCAUUACCGCAAGUCUAAACCCGUCAAAGCGAUCGAGCACAAGACGGGUCCGGAGUUGGUGGACGUGGACUAUCUGGAAAAGUUGCGGAUCAUAACGAAGGAGAAAAUGGAUCUCGAAAAGCAGAUACAAGACCUGCAACUCAAGGAGAACGUUUACCAGCAGACGCUGCAACAAGCCGACCAUAUACUGGCCAACGUCGAGGACGGGUACAAGCGACAAAUUGACGAACUCAACUCAGAGUUGGCGGAAAAGCAAAAAUUGUUGUUGGACCGCGAAAACCGGAUGAGGAUAUCGGCCGACUCCCGAGACAGGGAGGCUGAGCUUCUAGACAGGGUGCACGGCUUGGAAACGGAAGUCCGGGAUCUAACGCAUAAAAUCAAAACUAAAGACAUUGAAAAACAGUCUUGGGCUCGCCGGGAAGCGCAACUCAGAAACGACAUGGAGCAGCUCGUCAACGACGUGUGUCAAGUGAAGUCGGAAAAUGGACAGCUUAAAACACUUUUGGACUGUGAGAAAAUGAAACUAAGAGACCUCCAAAAGGACAUCAGUUUCAAGCAGUCCGUGUACGCCGAAAUGGAAGAGAAAUCAAAUUUAGAGGCUAAAAGUUAUCAAACAACCAUUUUGAAAUUAUCAAAACAAAUCGACGAGUACGACGUCACCAACGGAGAGCUUAAAGAAGAAGUAGAAACUCUCGAGGCACAUGUCAAACACUUACGAAACGCGUUGGCCGAAGAGAAAGAAGCAAAAGAAAGCAUGAACAUUGAACUGAACCAAGAGCUAUCACGAAAACAAGAAGUAAUCGAUGGUUUAGAGAGACACUUGUCGUACAGAGGAUCAAAAAAUGCCGCCGAGGAGCUUCUAUGUGAAAACGUGAACACAAAUGUUGGGAAGCUGAACUUCGACGAAAUUAAUCUCUCUGACAAUUUACUAAGUGCUUUGCAGUUUUCCAAGAUAAAACAGCUGAAGACUUGCGACGGUUGUGCUAAAAAUGUCGAACCCAAAUUACAAACAUUAUUCAAUCAAUUCGACAAUAUUAUGACUAUGGUGGACAGGACGAAUAAUACAACAGCCGGCGCUUGUUGUUCGCCCAGAAACGUCGAAGAUUGUCCCAAAUCGGAAUGUCCGAUGUCAUCCAAAUGUUCGGCGGCGGACAGGCUGACGGUUUGCGACCUUACCAAACAAGCGGUUAUGCUCGAAGCGAAAAACGAGGAAAAGAAUAAGAUCAUUAUGAUGUUGGCCGACGAACUGAUUUACUUGGCGGAACGCGCCAAAUGGGACAGACAGUGUGUGAUAGCUCAAGGACUUAACUCGAUUCCGUCUACGCGGUUUGCUCCGGACUUCAACUGCACAACCGUGGAGAAGUACUUGAACGGCCGGAACGUCAAGUCCGUACAAGAUGGAAAUAUCGAAGACAACAAGUACCGGUGUUUGAUCGGACCUGACAACCCGAUUGGUCUACACGUUGUCAGACAGAUUGGACCGGAUGGCAUCAUUUUGGCGUGGAAGUCUCCCGCCCCGGACACCAUCAGUUCGUUCCAGGUGUUCCUGAACGGCGAGUUGGUCCAGUCAAUCCAGAAUCCGGGACGCAGCACUACCCUGUUACACCCGGUCAACCUGCAGGAACCUAUCACGAUCACAAUGAACGCUGUCAAGCAAGACGGCAUUGCGUUCCCGCCAAUCGCCAUAUGCCAUCCGUACGGUGUUUAGUAGCCCAAAUUUUUCUAGUCUUCAGCUAUAAUAAUACCUAUGUAUCUGCGAAUCGAAAAAAAAAUUAUUUUAAUUUAUAUAAUUGAAUAUUGUAUCGCCGUAGGUGAAUAAUCAAAAAUGUUUGUAUUUUUUUAUUAUUAUUAUUAUUAUUUUAUACCUACGUGUUACAAAUACGUAUUUUGUUAUCGCGUCACGCGCUUAGGGAAUAUUGUAUAACAUUUAUUUUAUACGAACACAUUUAAUAAUUUAAACUAAAUAAUAAUUUGUGUUACGAGUUCUAACGAAUUGACGAACGAUAAUGUGUUUUGUGUUAUUAAAGGAUGAUUUUUACUGAUGUUUUCGUUGACAGCUCGGUCAAAAUAUUCUUUUCAACGAUAUUUGAAAAUAAAAUUUAACUAAACUUGUAAAA